UCUCGCGCACGCCUCUGGCUGCUUCUUCUGCGACCCCGGAAGGAAUAGGGACUUAGGGUUGUUGCCUGGCGAGAGGGCGAGAAGAAGAGUGGAAGAUUGAUUAAGGGGUAGCUGUUUAGUCUGUUCGCCCGACUUUCCUACUAUGCUCGAUUUCAGCUGUUUUGAUUCUUAGCCUCUUUUGGAUCAGCAGCACAAGCAAAAUGUCAUGGUUACAGCCUGCAGUUAGCCAGUGCGGUGAAGAUGUAUUUGAUGAAAAUGCAGAUGAGAUGGACAUAGCCCAGAAAGAAUGGAAGAGUGAAAUGGAGAAACGAAUCAAGGAGGGCUAUAGGGACGGUGUUGAAGCUGGGAAAGUGGUAACACUUCAACAAGGCUUCAAUCAGGGUUACAAAGAAGCAAUAAGGGUGAUAUUUGCAUGUAGCCAGCUCAAAGGAACCAUAAGUGCUCUUCUGUCUUGGUAUCAUCACAAUAAACACAGUCCUGCAAUGCUGAAUAAGAUGACUGAUCUGCUGAAUCAAUUAAGAGUAUACGAAGAACAUGUACUUAAUCAUUUAAAUCGUGUAAACCCACAACCCAGUGUUGGAGAUUUGCUACAUACUCUUAAUGACAUGGAUCUUGAUCGCGAAUGCUGCGCUGUUGAACAACAUAAUAGAACCUGUGCUGAGCUCACUAAAAAUAGUUGCACAAAUAAUGGAACAGAUUCAUUUCAAAAUGAAUAUUGUGGCAGGACAGAAGGUCACAUAGGUUCUAAAAGAGCAACCCUUUCUUGGCUUAAAGAAAGAACUGCCAGUAUCAUGGAACAAUUUGGUUUGUCUCCAGACACAGUUAAACAUAUCUAGCUCUUGGCAAAAUAAAUGUGUUGCUUUAAAUUAUAUUUAUAAUAUUCUUUUUGACACUCACAUGAUGACAGGACACCACGGUGAUCAUAAAUACAAGAAUUGGACACAAAGUUGAGAUUGUCUUAAUUUCAAGCUGUCACUGCACAAUGCAGUUGGCAAGACUAUCUGUAUGGUUUCAACAGAUGAUGGUAAUUAUUUAUAUUUCAUCUUUAUUAUUUUUAUAAAUCUGUGACUGUCCUUCAUGGUGCUAGAUUGCGCAAUUUUUUAAAUAGUAUGAGGAGUGUACGAGAUUGGUUGUGAUUGAAUGAAUGGCCCACUUUUACUAUCAUUGUUGUAAAUUUUUGUGUUUUUUAACUUUUACGUGGGGACUG